AUGGCCCUGCUGCCGUCGCCCCCUGCUCCCCGUUCCACCACCGGGCCGCGCCCUCGCCCUUGCUGGCGCCGACGGCCGCCUCGGCGCGCCACCGGAGGGGAAACCUGCGCCUCGCUGCAGCCGGCUCCCGAUCCGGCACUACCGCCGCGCCAAAGCCCCGUCCGCCCGCCGCCGGCAGGAGGAGCUGUGUCGAGCAGGUGCGAGUGCUUUGACCUCCAUCGGCAGUUAGUUCCUUAUGGGGAAGCUUACUGUUGGCAGAAGUCCAUUGUUGAGAGGAGGAAAGGGUUGCUAGACAGCGGCGAAGACCACUCUGACACCUUGAUUGCUUUGCAACAUCCACCGGUGUAUACGUUGGGCACUAGAAGCAAGAAGGAAUACCUCCAUUUUGACAUGGAAGAUGCUCCUUUUGAGGUUCACCGUAUUGAUCGUGGUGGGGAAGUGACGUACCAUGGCCCUGGACAGCUUGUUAUGUACCCGAUUAUGAAUUUGAAGUAUCACAAAGAGGAUCUUGACUGGUACUUCAGGUCACUUGAAGAAGUGAUCAUCCGUGCACUGAAAUCCGCCUUCUCUAUCAAGGCAGCAAGAGUAGAAGGUCUCACUGGUGUUUGGGUUGGGAACCAGAAAGUUGCCGCGAUAGGGAUUCAUGGUUCGCGGAUGAUAGUUUAUCAUGGUCUCGCACUAAAUGUCACAACUGACCUAGCUCCGUUUACAAUGAUUGAUCCUUGUGGCAUAAAGGACCGUGGUGUGGGGAGCAUUAAGGAGAUAUUACGGAAGGCAUCUGGUGAAGGAGAAAUCGAUGAUGCAUUGCUGAUGGAUAUAGCAUAUGAUUCCAUGAUCAAAGAGUUUGCUGAAUUUUUCCAUCUCAGUCUAGACUUCAGCCCUGAUUGCAGUUUCCAGUGA